AAUGCUGGAGCAAGAGUGUGGCAGCCUGCAGUUUUCAAAAUGGCCGAGUUGGAUACCGAUUUGGACCCCAUCAUUCCAGCUUCUGUUCUUCCUACCUUCUGGGCUAAGUCGGUAGUAGGAAUCAUUUCUCUCGUGUGUUUUUCACGUAGCUAUGAUGGAGACUUUGUCUUUGAUGACUCCGAAGCCAUUGUUAACAAUAAGGACCUCCAAGCAGAAACGCCCCUUGGUGAUCUGUGGCAUCAUGACUUCUGGGGCAGUAAACUGAGCAGCAACACCAGCCACAAGUCCUACCGACCUCUCACCGUGCUGACGUUCAGAAUUAACUACUAUUUGUCAGGAGGCUUCCAUCCAGUGGGUUUUCACAUGGUCAACAUCCUCCUGCACAGUGGCAUUUCUGUCCUCAUGGUCGAUGUCUUCUCUGUGCUGUUCGGUGGCCUGCAAUACACCAGUAAAGGACGGAGGUUACACCUGGCCCCCCGAGCAUCUCUGCUAGCUGCAUUGCUGUUCGCUGUACAUCCUGUGCACACAGAAUGUGUGGCUGGUGUCGUUGGCCGUGCAGACCUCCUGUGUGCCCUGUUCUUUUCGUUGUCUUUCCUCGGCUACUGUAAGGCAUUUAGAGAAAGUAGCAAGGAGGGAAUGCAUUCUUCUACCUUCUGGGUACUGCUGAGUAUUCUUUUGGGAGCAGCAGCCAUGCUGUGCAAAGAGCAAGGAAUCACUGUGCUGGGUUUGAACGCAGUAUUCGACAUCUUGGUGAUAGGCAAAUUAAACAUUCUGGAAAUUAUUCAGAAGAUACUACAGAAAGACAAGUCAUUGGAGCACUUGGUCGUGCUCAGGAAUGGGGGUCUUCUCUUCAGAAUGGCUCUCCUGACUCUGGGGGCAGCAGUCAUGCUCUAUGUGCGCUGGAAAAUCAUGGGUACAGGCCCACCGGCAUUUACAGAGGUGGACAACCCGGCCUCCUUUGCUGACAGUGUGCUGGUCAGGGCCAUAAACUAUAAUUACUACUAUGCAUUGAAUGCAUGGUUGCUGCUGUGUCCCUGGUGGCUGUGUUUUGAUUGGUCAAUGGGCUGCAUACCCCUCAUUAAGUCAGUCAGUGACUGGAGAAUGAUUGCACCAGCAGCACUCUGGCUCUGCCUAAUUGGCCUAAUAUGCCAAGCCCUGUGCUCUGAAGACAGCCACAAGAGAAGGAUCCUUACCCUGGGCCUGGGAUUUCUUGUUAUUCCUUUUCUUCCUGCGAGUAACCUGUUCUUUCGAGUGGGGUUUGUGGUUGCAGAGAGAGUCCUCUACCUCCCCAGCAUUGGAUAUUGCAUGCUGCUAACAUUCGGAUUUGGAACUCUGAGCAAACAUACUAAGAGAAAGAAACUAAUUGCUGCUUUCAUACUUGGAAUUGUAUUCAUAAACAUGCUGAGAUGCAUGGUUCGUAGCAGCGAGUGGCGGAGUGAAGAACAGCUCUUUCGAAGUGCCCUGUCUGUGUGUCCUCUCAAUGCUAAGGUUCACUACAAUGUUGGGAAAAACUUGGCUGAUAAUGGUAACCAAACAGCUGCCAUCCGAUAUUACAGGGAAGCUGUAAGAUUAAAUCCCAAGUAUGUUCAUGCCAUGAAUAAUCUUGGCAAUAUCUUGAAAGAAAGGAAUGAGCUCCAGGAAGCUGAGGAGCUGCUGUCUUUGGCUGUACAAAUACAGCCAGACUUUGCUGCUGCAUGGAUGAACUUAGGUAUCGUCCAGAACAGCCUCAAGCGGUUUGAAGCAGCGGAACACAGUUACCGGACAGCGAUCAAGCACAGAAGAAAAUACCCGGACUGCUACUACAACCUUGGACGUUUGUAUGCAGAUCUCAACCGUCAUAUGGAUGCACUGAAUGCAUGGAGAAACGCUACUGUGCUGAAACCACAGCACAGUUUGGCUUGGAACAACAUGAUUAUACUCCUUGAUAAUACAGGUAUUGUAAAUGACAAAAAGGAAUCUGAAGCUUUAUUUCUCAAGGCAAUUAAAGCUAAUCCAAAAGCUGCAAGUUACCAUGGUAAUUUGGCUGUGCUUUAUCAUCGUUGGGGACAUCUAGACUUAGCCAAAAAGCACUAUGAAAUCUCUCUGCAACUUGACCCUGCUGCACCAGGAACGAAGGAGAAUUAUGGUCUUCUAAAAAGAAAGCUAGAACAAUUGCAAAAGAAAGGCAUCUGA